GACUCGUAGGACCCCUCUCCUCCUGUCAGUGCGCCCCUCCAGCUGCAGCCAUGUUGGAAACUAACAGUUAGCGUCAGUGGACACCGACUACCGGGCACGGCGCUGUUGUGGACAAAAACAGACUGGGAGAGGGAUCAUAACGGAGGGAUACAGCCCCUCAUACCGGCUGUGUUAUCAGCGGGUAGAUUCAUCAAAUUACAACUCACUGUUUGGGGGAAAAAGGUGGCAGGUCACGAAGAGUAGCUGCGACCAGGCUCCGGGGCGACAGCGAUAUUUCCAGGAUAUCACACUACGCUGAAUAUGACAGCCAGUUAGCACCAGCCGUAGGGUCUGAGUCAGGCAUGGCAUCGUCUUCCUACUUGGAGCCCAACCACAAUCACUCGGCAACGGGUGGUUGUGGGGUUAAAUCCCGAUCUGGGAUGUCUGGUGGUACCGGUGUCGGUACCAGCGGGUCUGCAGGAGGUCUCGAGCGGCCCCCUGGCUCCAUGGACCGGGUCCUGAAGAUCUUCCAUUAUUUUGAGACAAAUAGCGAACCCUGCACCUGGGCUAGUAAUAUCAGACACGGAGAUGCCACAGAUGUCAGGGGUGUUAUCCAGAAAAUAGCAGAGAUUCACAAACUGCGCUGCGUCUCUUCUCUGGGCCUCCGUCUGACCCACCUGCACUCUGAUGCACUUCACUGGUUACACCCUGAUUUGGGCGUUUCUCACGUCAGGGAGAGAUAUGAGAAACAGCACCCCCAGGAGGAGUGGAGGUAUGAGUUGCGGAUGCGGUACCUUCCCAAAGGUUACCUCAGCCAUUUUUCUGAAGACAAACCUUCUCUCAACUACCUCUAUCACCAGGUAAAAAGUGACUACAUGCACCAUAUAGCUGAUCAGGUGGAUCAAGAAGUUGCUUUGAAACUGGGCUGUUUGGAAAUAAGGAGGUUCUUCAGAGAGAUGCCGGGAAAUGCCCUAGACAAGAAAUCUAAUUAUGAACUACUAGAAAAAGACGUCGGUUUGAGAAGGUUUUUCCCCAAAAGCUUGCUGGACUCCUUAAAGGCAAAGACUCUCCGUAAGCAGAUCCAGCAGACCUUUAAGCAGUUUGCCAACCUCAAUGAUGAGCAAAGCAUCCACAAGUUCUUUGAGAUUCUCUCGCCUAUCUACCGCUUUGACAAGGAGUGCUUCAAAUGUGCUCUUGGGUCUAGCUGGGUAAUAUCAGUAGAGUUAGCUAUCGGUCCAGAGGAAGGAAUCAGCUACCUCACAGAUAAGGGCUCAACGCCUACACACUUAGCUAACUUUAACCAGGUUCAAUCCAUCCAGUACGCCCCACUGGAGGAGAAGGACAGGAAAGGCAUGCUGCAGCUCAACGUAGCAGGAGCUCCAGAGCCCCUCACAGUCACCACGGCAUCGCUGACAACAGCAGAAAACAUGGCUGACUUGAUUGACGGUUACUGUCGACUCGUCUCCUCAGCUACUCACUCUUUCAUUGUCAGGGUCCACAAAGAGGGUGACAGAGCUCUGCCUUCCAUCCCCAAAGUUUCAAAUCAUGAGAGGCGGAUGGAGAAACGGAUGGAGGGAGUACGAACCAGAGCUGUCUGUGUCUCAGGUCACACAAGUGGCGAUGAAACAGACGACUACGCUGAGAUCAUAGAUGAGGAGGACACCUAUACCAUGCCUUCAACGCGGGACUAUGAGAUUCAACGAGAUCGUAUUGAGUUGGGACGCUGCAUAGGUGAGGGUCAGUUUGGAGACGUCCAUCAAGGAGUCUACAUCAGUCCGGAGAACCCAGCGCUGUCAGUGGCAGUGAAGACGUGUAAGAACUCUACGUCGGAUAGCGUCAGGGAAAAGUUUCUCCAAGAAGCAUUGACCAUGCGUCAGUUUGACCACCCUCACAUUGUGAAGCUGAUGGGAGUCAUCACUGAGAACCCGGUCUGGAUCAUCAUGGAGCUCUGCACACUUGGAGAGUUAAGAUCGUUUCUCCAGGUGAGAAAGUACAGUCUGGACUUGGCCACUCUCAUCUUGUACUCAUAUCAGCUCAGCACGGCUUUGGCAUAUCUGGAGAGCAAGAGAUUUGUACACAGGGACAUCGCAGCGAGAAACGUGUUAGUGUCUACAGUUGACUGUGUGAAGCUUGGGGACUUUGGUUUGUCACGCUACAUGGAAGAUAGUUCUUAUUACAAAGCAUCCAAAGGUAAACUUCCUAUUAAAUGGAUGGCUCCAGAGUCCAUAAACUUCCGACGGUUCACCACAGCCAGUGAUGUCUGGAUGUUUGGUGUCUGUAUGUGGGAGAUCCUAAUGUUCGGCAUCAAGCCUUUCCAGGGUGUGAAAAACAACGAUGUCAUUGGCAGGAUAGAGAACGGGGAACGACUGGCUAUGCCCCCUCAGUGCCCUCCUACUCUCUACAGCUUGAUGACAAAGUGUUGGUCGUAUGACCCCAGUAAAAGGCCUCGCUUCACCGAACUCAAAACACAACUGAGCACUAUAUUAGAGGAGGAGAAACUCCAGCAGAAGGAAAGGAGCAGGAUGGAGAUGAGGAGACAGGUCACUGUUUCUUGGGACUCUGGGGGGUCUGAUGAAGCGCCACCCAAACCAAGUAGACCAGGUUAUCCCAGUCCUCGCUCGAGUGAAGGAUUUUAUCCUGGUUCCCAACAUCCUGGACACUACCAGAUGGCAGGGUACCCCGGCCCUCACACCCUUCCUUCGGUGCCCAGCGCCCUGUACCCCCCACAGGCUACGAUGCUGGAGACGCACCACGCACACACACACCCCCGCCACCAUGUCCACACACACUCGCACGCACAGCACCUUCCCCAGUCACAUGGACACGACAUGGCACUGUGGGGCUCUGCUAUGGAGGACAGGGCAGUAGACAUGCAGCAGUGUGUAGGCCCGCAGUGCCUGUUAAUGGAGGAACAGCUGAUGAUACAACAGCAGCAGAUGGAGGAAGACCAGAGGUGGCUGGAGCAGGAAGAGAGACUGCUGAAACCAGACUCUAGAAGUUCCAGAGGUAGUCUGGACAGAGACGAUGGUGGACUACAGCCACCGACGGGAAACCAGCACAUAUACCAACCCGUUGGCAAAACAGAGCAUGCAGCGCCCCCAAAGAAACCACCUCGCCCAGGAGCCCAGUGCCAAGUGGGCAGUCUAGCCUGUCUAAAUACUGGAGAUAGUUACAACGAUGGAGUCAAGCCCUGGCGGCUGCAGCCACAAGAGAUAAGCCCGCCUCCGACUGCCAAUUUGGACCGCUCCAAUGACAAAGUGUACGAAAACGUGACGGGAUUGGUCAAAGCUGUAAUCGAGAUGUCGAGCAAGAUUCAACCAGCUCCUCCAGAGGAAUACGUCCCUAUGGUGAAGGAUGUGGGUCUAGCUUUGAGGACAUUAUUGGCCACAGUGGACGAGACUUUACCGCAACUCCCAGCCAGUACACACAGAGAGAUCGAGAUGGCACAGAAACUUCUGAACUCUGACUUGGCAGAGCUGAUUGGGAAAAUGAAGUUAGCCCAACAAUAUGUGAUGACGAGCCUCCAGCAGGACUAUAAAAAGCAGAUGUUGACUGCUGCUCAUGCUCUUGCAGUCGAUGCCAAGAACCUGCUGGAUGUCAUCGACCAAUCCCGGCUCAAGAUGAUGGCUCAAUCCCGCCCACACUAGCCCCACGAAAGCCGAGCUGACCAUCAGGAGGCGGUCUGCUCUGCAGCAUCAUCUUUAUGGUUCUUGUUAGCAGUGGAGGAGUAAUAACAAAGACUCCUGAGUGACGUCAGUAAUGUUAUCCAGGAGUUGUCGGAGCUGACUUAUUUAUAUAAAAGGAGGAAACAGCGGCCCUUACAUUUUUACAGCAGACCUUGAAGAAUCUUUAGAUGUUGAAUCCUGUGUCAAACUCUCCACCACUGUGACUUUCCCAAAACAAGAACAGAGCAAAAACACUUCCUGAAUCAGGGACUCGGCAGCUUCUCUUUCAUUGAACUGGAAUAUAAAGAGGGACCCAAGAUGGGCCUGAUUCCUGGGGUUUUAAAAACCUUACACAACCUCUGACAGCAACACUAUCAUUGGAGAGAUUGUUGAUACUGUUGACAUCGGGUGGAUCUCAAGCAAAGUCAACAGUACCUGAUCAGACUGUGUUUGAUCUGCGACAUAUCUGCAUGAAACUUCCCUGUGAGAAUGGACUCAGACAUCAGCCAGCAGCCAUGUCAGUACAUUUGUGGAUGUUGUGUUUGAACCCCCUUGGAUGUGAACCUUCUCUGCAGUCGAAUACCUCCACCUUGUCAUGGAUCUCUGAAAGAGCAGAUCAAGCAGGAUAUUUUACAGGUUGUGUUUGACUCAGAUUUUCAAUGAGGUCAAAACCAAACAAAUGUUUGCAUUUGGAGAAGCAGUCUCCCACCCUUCAUUGCUCCUUCCCUUUCUCUCUUCCAUCCGUUCUUGUCUGCCCUCCGUCUCACCAGGUUUUAUUUAUAGACUCAGAAAUUGCAGAGGAGGAGACGGAGGGAGACGGAGGGAGAGAUGAGAAGAAGGAAUUAAAACUUGAGGACAGGCUAGCACCGGUCUGCUGCCUGAAGAGAGAAAACACAAUCCUCUUCUUUCCUCUUUUUUCACUGACUUUUCUCUUGCACAUUCUGUUUGUUCUUUUCCUGUCCUUCCUCAAGUCUUCCUCAGCUUGUCUCUGAGCAGGUUUUAAAGACUCCAAAUGUGAAGAAUCCAACUCUGUCUGGGUAAACACCGCAGACCAGAAACUCCCUACAGCACUCAAUUUAGUCCACCCUUUUUGUCGGCUGGCCCCGUGUUUAUUUUGUGUUGUUUCCUGCAGUCCAUCAUCCUCAUCCUCCACUGAUAAUCAAUCCAAUCAUUGACACUGAUGAGCAAACAGAAAAGAAAAAAAAGAAGGUGGGUUUGAGGAUUAAGUUUGAGCAGCUGGAUACUUUCUCUUCGUCCAGGAAGAAAAAGAGGACGUCAUGUCUCAGACUGGCCACUGAGCCUGACCCAUGACUUAUUUCUGUGAGCAGAGUUUCCUCUUCUUCCCUCCGUCUCACCUACAAUCAGAUAGUGCUCAGUUUUUGCUGAAAUAGGAGUUACACAACACCUUCAACUGUCUCCCAACCAUCAAGGAACACAGACAAACCUCACUACUGGAUCCUUUGUGCUCUGAAUCCCAGUUUCUGUCAGGUUUAACUCUUUAAAUAUCUCCCUCCUUACGACAGGGAAACAAACACACAUGAAAUGUGGAGCCACAUGACCAGAAGAAAAACCUGAAAAUACAGCAGAUCACUUGUGUCUUUGUUAAUACUGACCCCACAUAGAGUGUGACAUACUGCUAAAUAAAAUAUACUGGUGACUGUACUGGUAUAGCAUGACAUACAGGUAUGGAGAGAGCAUAUUUGCACAGCACCAAAAUAAAAAAAAAAUGAAUUGACGUUUUCUUUUACCCUUUUAAAACCCAGAUUGGUUUCCACGUUCAGCCAGCAAUGAUACUAUGAGUGAUCUGUGUUUUAUAGGGAUAAAAAAAAUCGUCAAAAAACAAAAAAACAAUCUAUUUUAUCAUCUUGUUGUUGCGUAAAUCUGCUCAUGUUGGUAUAUUGUUAAGCUAUACUAGUGUGUAUCACUGGUAAAUUGUACAGAACUCAUACUAGUAAACACUGGUUUUUAUUUUGUCUUCUGGGCUAAACCAGCCAUCUUGUCAAAUAGGAGGAAAAAAACAAUGAAAUAAAAUAAUGAAAAAAUUGAAA